UAUUUUUGACAGAUGUGUGUCGUCGUGUUGUGUGGCGUCCUGUCUAUUUAUCUUUAGAAUUUUAUUAUUAUUUACAGAUUUUUUACACGAUCCUUUGUUUAGAAAUGUGUUAAAGUGUAAGACUAGAAUAGCUUAGUGUACUUAGUAAUUAUUGUUAGGAUAUUCCCGAAGGAGCGUAGAGCACAGUGUUUGGAAACAUGGAUCGUAAUAAUAUGAGAACUUCUAAUUUCAGGUCAAGCUAUGUUAGCAGUGGACCCCGAUCCCUGCCACAUAUGGGGGGAAGUAAACGACACAAUGGGAACGGGCACUCGGCCCGGCUCAGCCCACCUGCGCAGGCGCCGCCGUCACAUGCAAACAACAACAACAAUAAUAAUAACAACAACAUCAAUACCAACCAGAAUGAUGAACUUAUCACGUACAUCUAUGAUUCUUGGAAUAAGGUGACUCGUGAACUAGAACGCGGGAGCGAAGACGCAAAAUAUUACCAAGAGGUGCUCGCACCCCGUCAGCUGGCCAACUUCAGACCUUUCAACCUCGACGAGUGGUGGGCACGUCGCCUCGUCCAGAGCCUCAACCGCAACAAACACCGGUCUUAGUUCCACACCAUUCGUUCGUGAACGACUUGACGACUGUGCCCAUUGGAAAAAAAAAAAAACAAUUUUAUUUCGCAAUUUUAUAAACAUGCAUGUUGUAGCUCCCGUGUAGGAUUAUAAGUCCCAAAAUACAGUUAACCAACCUACCGAUCUUUUUUGCCGGGACCUUCAUGGGCACUUUUUGACGAAGCAUUUAAUUUUUGGCUUGUCUAGGUUAUCUGUACAAUUGAAAAUUAAGUCCGUAUUUUUAAGGUGUGAAUUGAAAGUUUAGACAGUAAAUCAUGUUUUACAAUUUAAGAUUUUAAUGUUUCAUUCUUACUAACGCAAAUUAUACUUUCUGAAAUACAUAUUCUAAUUUUGCAUGCUAUUCUAUCGAUUGUUUAUGGUUGUUAUGUAUUGUCAAUUAUGAAAAUAGAUGAAGUGUAAAUCAAUAGACAAGAAAAAAAAAACAGUGGGUAUGGUAACGAGUCUUUCUAAAACGAAGUGUGUAGUGUCUCAUUGUACAGUUUUAUCUUGACUAUGCUCGUUUAAAGAGCCUAGGAGUAUUUUAAAAGCAGAUUUUAUCUACAUUGUAUCCAUAGCCUUACAUUAGGGAUUUGGACUGGAGACAUCAUUGUAAUCAGCCUUUCGAAAUAUCUGUCAUUUUUCCCACCAAUUUGCCUAUCAUUAAAUCCUUCUUUCAUUUGAUCAUCACAGCAUGUCAACCUUCUUAAAUAUUUUCGCUCUAUUCUUUAAAAAAUAUCGGCUAUUGAAUGUUGUCUCCAGCACAUUUCUUCUAAAAUCGCAUUAAAUAGAUUUUUAACUCCUAAAAGUAUUAGAAACAGUUAUUUAGUAUAUCCCAACUCUUUGAAUCCUUGUAGAGCGCACAUUGCGAGUAGAUACUUCAAAAUUAAAUAUUUUUCUAAGUUGUUUUGUGUUUAUAGAAGUACUUACAAUUUAAUUUUGCUGUGUUAUAGAUGGUAGAAUUUUGUUGUCACAUUUAACGCUUUUUAAAUAACUAGUAGGUUUUUUCUAAUCACUGAGAAAUAAUCUAAAAUCUCCCUUCUUCAACUAUUUAUCUCUCGAAUGUAGAAUAUCCUAACAAUUAUAAAUUUAUUAUUGCAAUGAGACAUUACUGCCUUGAGAUUAUGCUAUAACGUGUUUGGUUUCCCUUCGUUAUGUGAACUUUCUUUUAAAACCUCUUUAACAAUAUUUUGAAGCUCAUUUAGAACUUGUUUCAUGCUAAUUAGUCGCUCAUAGAAGACAGAACAUUCUAGAUAACGUUAUUUUUUGUCCGCCAUUUUUUAUCUAACUCAAAUUAUAAAAAGGAAAAAUAACAGGCUUUUAUGUUGUCUUGUGUCAUAACUGUGCUAUCCAUUGCUUGUUUUAACGAUUUUAAUAAAAGUUGUAAGCUAUUCUAGUAUUCAAUGGUUCAUGUACUAUUGUCAGAUUUGUCAUUCCUUGUUUGUUCUUUGGCAGUUUAUUUCAGCAUGGUGACUUGAUCUAAAUGAGACGUAUUUUCUUUCAAGCAAUAACAGAUACAUAUAUUAAAAA